UCGUCGGGCCGCUGCGCCGGAGCGCCCGCUACCGCGCUGUGCCGGAGCGCCCGGCCCGGGCACCGCCAGCCGCAGGCUCCCCGCGGCCGUGCGCCCCUGGGCUGAGGGGGACCGGCCAUGUCCCGCCGUGGGAGAGGCGGGCGGCGGCCUGAGGCGGAGCGGCGGCCUGAGGCGGAGCGCCGGGAGAGCGUUUCGGCAGCGACACCCAGACAAAGAUGUAGAUGACUGAGAGGUGUUUUCCCCUUCUACCUUGGGAUUAAAUCUCUGGGUCACAGGGAGUCUCUGUGCCUUCUUUUUUCCUGGAGAGCGGGAAGUUUCCCUGAGGAAAUGGAAACGUCUUCCCAAAAAUACCCAGUCAAAAAGCGAGUGAAAAUUCAUCCCGACACAGUCACGGUGAAAUACACUUCUCAUUAUCCCCAGCCAGGGGAAGAGGGAUAUGAGGAUGCUAACGAAGACACUGGAGUCUUCCUGGAGGAUAAUCCUAAGAAAAGACUCCUCCCUGAUGCGAGAAAUAGAGAAAGGACCUUUUUCGGUACGAUAGACACCAAGCUUCAGCCAAAAGCUGAUGAGGUCGGGCAAUCCCAGCACCUUCCCGAAGGAAACACACCGCAGUCGAGGAAAACGUGGGUGGUGCUUUUUGGGUCUGCUGUGGCUCACGGAUGCGUGGCCCUCAUCACCAGGCUGAUUUCGGACCGUUCCAAAGUGCCGUCCCUAGAGCUGAUUUUCAUCCGUUCAGUCCUCCAGGUGCUGUCCGUUACCGUGGUGUGUUACCACCAGGAGCCUCCCUUCGGCCCCAAAGGCUACAGACUCCGUCUCUUCUUCUACGGGGUCUGCAAUGUUAUCUCUAUUACCUGUGCUUACACCUCCUUCUCUAUAGUUCCCCCCAGCAAUGGGACCAUUAUGUGGAGGGCCACCACCACGGUGUUCAGUGCCAUUCUGGCUUUUUUACUCAUCGAUGAAGGCAUGGCUUGCACAGACAUGGUUACUGUAGUCGGCAGCGUGUUUGGUGUUUGCCUGGUCAUGAUCCCCAACAUUGUUAAGGAGGAGAACUCUUUGCUGAGCACCUGGAAGGAAGCUUUUGGCUACACCAUGACCGUUAUGGCAGGUCUGGCCACCGCUCUGUCCAUGAUAGUCUACAGGUCAAUCAAAGACAGCAUCAGCAUGUGGACGGCGCUGUUCACCUUCAGCUGGACGGGAACGGUGUGGGGAGCGUCCACCAUGUUCUUCCUUCAAGAGCCCAUCGUCCCACUGGAUGGAGAAACUUGGAGCUACCUCCUUGCCAUCUGCCUGUGCUCCACAGCAGCUUUCCUGGGGGUCUACUAUGCCCUGAGCAAGUUCCACCCUGCUGUGGUCAGCACCGUGCAGCACCUGGAGAUAGUGAUCGCCAUGGUCCUGCAGCUCGUGGUGCUGCGCAUCUUCCCCGGCACCUACGACCUCGUCGGGGGAGCUGUUAUUCUGGUCAGUGUUUUCUUCCUUGCCUGUUACAAACUGUCCUGGAAGAAUUUAGGAAAACAACAAGAUUAUCAGGAGAUUGUGGAUUCUUCCAUUAAAUGAACUCUGGUUUUGCUGUCCAGCUCUGUCUGCGUGGCCACGUCCAAGUACCAUAGCUCAGCUCUGCGGUGUCGUAGCGUAGCGGCCAGGUCCUCUCUCCACUGUUUAAAUUCACAGCUGAUGUAGCAAUGGUGGUAUUUCCAGGCUUCCACAGCAGGUGAAUUUGUUGUAGUGCUUACAACCACCGACACUUUGUCAUAGGAGAAUGGGCUGUGUGUCUCCAGCAAGUGGGGCGAGUGCAAGCACAGGCUGGCUUGCAGAGGUGCAGGCCAAGUCGUAGCCGCGUCCUUCCUCACCCCCCUGGACAAGGAGAUACAGAGACAGAGGGAUUCUCUAGCAACUCUCCUUCCCAUGCAGUGUGGUGGUGGGACAAUGAACUGCAAAACCACCAAAGCAGUCAACCAGAGUGGUUUGUCUCCUCUGUAAUGUUGCUUAUGCUUUGGCUGUAAUGUUCUAAAUGAAGGAAUUGCCAAUGUCUCUGUGGCUAAAACUUGCCUUUCCUGUGUGUA